GUGAGAAAUUAGUCUACAUUAAACUAAAAUGCUUCGUAAGCGUCUGUUCCAUUUGUCGCAGUUAGCCGCUGUAGGUUUUACGGGUUAUUUUGUAGGACAAUAUAAGGACAGGUUAUGUAGUGGUGAAGACAAAAUUUUUCUCGACGGUAGAGCUUUGAAGAAUUUGCCUGGACUGCCUAUAUUUGGCACAGUAUCUGCAGCUACGGCAUUUGUUGAGGGUGGUAGUAAUAGAGAUAGGAGCUCACAAAUAAUGAAAUAUGGUUUUCCAAGCUUAGAAAACAUCCGUUCAUUUGACGACUAUGUAUUAUCAUAUGAUCGACGUAACAGAGUACCAAAUUGGGUGUUUGAACAUUUAACAAAAUCGCACAUUGCUCCUAAUGAUCAGAUUGACAGAAGCAAGUGUGAGUUUAUGCCUGAUGAAAGUAUACAUCCAUUUUUUAGAUCACAGAACAGUGACUAUAAAGGUUCAGGUUUCGACAGGGGUCACAUGGCGGCGGCCGGCAACCACCGUAUUGCACAAAAACAUGUGGAACAGACUUUCUAUCUCACGAAUAUGGCGCCACAGGUGGGACAAGGUUUUAACAGGAACGCAUGGAAUAGGCUAGAGAAGCACGUUCGCAAGUUGACCAAUGUUUAUGACAAUGUAUACUGCUGUACUGGACCUCUCUAUUUGCCCAAGAAAGAAUCAGACGGUAAAUCAUACGUUAAGUACCAAGUAAUAGGAGCGAAUACAGUGGCGGUGCCCACGCAUUUUUACAAAGUGGUGGUGGGAGAGUCUGCAAACGGCACGCUCGCCAUGGAAGCCUACGUCAUGCCCAAUCAGAAGAUUCCUGACGAAACACCUGUGUCGGCUUUUAUGGUACCUCCUGAGUCAAUAGAGCGUGCUGCAGGACUUCUUUUUUUCGACAGAAUCCAUAGAAGCAAAUUAAAUUGUAUUAAUGGAAAAAAAGUAUAGAUAUAAAUAUUAGUUCAAUUUUAAUACUUUA